UAAACCGAAGAAGAAGAAAAACAGCCACAAACACGUGUCGCUUUGCCGGUGUGCGUGAGACGAGCAGCCCUCCGGUCCACGCGAAGCAGCGACCACCCGCGUUUAUUCCAACAGAAAAAUGGCGAAGACGAAGAAGGAGGCCGCGGACAGCAACGAGGCCGCGGUGGCCGACGGGAACGAGAAGUCGUACCACGAGCUGAUCGCCAACGUGAACCCGAUCGCGCGGCCGCUGGCCUCCAGGAAGCUCAGCAAGAAGCUCUACAAGUGCGUCAAAAAGGCUUCCAAAGUGAAGAACAUCCGGCGAGGAGUGAAGGAGGUCCAGAAGUUCAUCAACAAGGGGGAGAAAGGCAUCGUGGUGAUGGCGGGCGACACGCUGCCCAUAGACGUCUACUGCCACCUGCCCGUCAUGUGUGAGGACCGCAGCCUCCCGUACGCCUACAUCCCCUCCAAAGGGGAUCUGGGCUCUUCUGCCGGCUCCAAGAGGCCGACCUGCGUGAUCCUCAUCAAACCCCACGAGGACUACCAGGACGCCUACGACGAGUGCGUCGCCGAGGUCACCGGCCUGCCCAAACCGCUGUGAGGUCAAUGAGGUCGUUGACCCAAACGUGAUGAAAUGACGUCGUUCUGUUGGACCAAUAGGAACGAAGGACACAAACUGUAAAUACAUCAGACUGUAAAUUAUCAGUUUGAUCAUUUAGCUGAAUUUUUUUUGUUUUGUUUCUGCUGUUAAACGAGUAGUUUUGAAUAAAAAUGAAUGUAAAGUGCU